AUGUGCGACUUUACUAAGAACUACUACAUUUACACCUCAUGUAUCGACCCGGGUGCACACUUCUUCAGAACUUCAGUCGAUGGCAACCGGAGUCGUGCCUGUGGCAGUGGUCCACACGAACGAUAUAUCGUAGUCCCAGGCCACUGCCCCUUGUGCAGUGGUUAA